GCAGCAGCGACCGCAACCGCACCGGCCCGAGAGGGAAGGCGAAGGCCGUUGGUGUUCUCGCGGAAUGUAUUACGCUGAGAUUGCACCGAGAAAUCCACCAUGACACUCCAGCCGGCUGCUCCACCCAUAGCUACUUAACCCUCCUGCAAUCCUUUCACCACGUCGACAACGUUGAGCAAGUACGAAGCAAACAAGAUGCCGAACGACAUGACAACCUCCCUCCAAACGGAGACCACCUUUGAUUCGCAGCCCCUCUCGACCCAAUCCCCCCUCCACCCCUGGUGGAAAUCCGCCAUUAUCUACCAAAUCUAUCCCUCCUCCUUCCUCGACACCCGCGGCACCGGCACUGGUACCCUCGCCGGUAUCACCUCCAAACUGCCAUACCUCAAGUCGCUCGGCGUAGACUGUAUCUGGCUUUCCCCAAUCUAUGAGAGCCCGUUGCAUGAUAAGGGAUACGACAUCAGUGAUUAUCGGAAGAUUGAUCCGAGGUAUGGAAGCAUGGAGGUGUGGGGGGAGAUGGUUGAAAAGGCGCAUGAAAUUGGGAUUAAGGUCAUGAUGGAUUUGGUUGUUAACCACACCUCCUUCCUUCAUGCCUGGUUUAAGGAAUCCCGCUCCUCUAAAACGAGCGAGAAGAGGGAUUGGUAUAUCUGGCGUCCACCCCGAUACGACGCAGACGGGACUCGUAUGCCUCCAAAUAACUGGCAAAGCAUCUUUCGCGGUCCCGCAUGGACAUAUGACAAUUCCACAGGCGAGUAUUACCUGCACCUAUUCUGCCGCGAACAGCCCGACCUCAACUGGGAAAAUCCGGAAGUGAGGAAAGCCGUGUACGCCAUGAUGCAUUUCUGGCUCUCCCGCGGCGUCGACGGAUUCCGCAUGGACGUCAUCAACCUCCUUUCAAAAUCGCCUGGACUCCCCGACGCAAAGGUGGUGGAUGAGACGAGGUUUGAGCAACCGGCGAUGGAGCAUUACGUCAACGGACCACGGAUUCAUGAGUUUUUGAGGGAGAUGAGGGGGGAGGUACUAUCCAAGUAUCCAGAGGCGAUCACGGUGGGUGAGACGCCGUUUACGCAUGAUACGGAGGUGAUGAGGAAGUACACCCUCGGCGCCACAGCUGGAGAUGCGUAUGAGCUGGAUAUGUGCUUUAACUUUGAGUUGGUCGAUCUUGACUGCGCUACGACGGAUCCAUUUCUGAAACGCGACGUCCCCCUCCCCGACCUAAAGCGCACCAUCCAAAAAUGGCAAUCCCACGGCGGCUGGAACGCACUUUACCUCGAAAACCACGACCAACCACGCUCCGUAUCCCGCUUCACCACAGCCGCCACCGGCACCCCCGAACUUCGUGAUCUUGCGGCGAAGAUGUUGGCGUUGAUGGAGUGUACGCUCUCUGGUACCGUGUACAUCUACCAAGGCCAGGAAUUGGGGAUGUAUAACGCGCCUGAGGAGUGGGGGAUUGAGGAGUAUAAGGAUGUUGCGACGCAGAAUUAUCGGAGGGAUAUGACGUCGAAGGAAGUUCCUGUUGAGGAGAUCAUGAGGAGGGUGAGAGCGAAAGCUAGGGAUCAUGCACGGACGCCGAUGCAGUGGAACCGCAGUACUUCGCACGCGGGCUUCACUACAGGUGAGCCGUGGAUGCGUGUUAACCCCUCGUAUUCGGACGGUGUCAAUGCGGAAGACGAAGAACAAGACCCCGACAGCGUAUUCCAUUUCUGGAGGAGAAUGAUUGAGGUGAGGAAGGAGUACGCGGGGGCCUUGGUUCAUGGUAGUUUUACGUUAUUGGCGGAGGAGGAUGAGAGGGUUUUUGCGUAUGUUAGGGAGAGUGGGGAGGGAGAGAGGAUGUUGGUUGUAAUGAAUUGGUCGGGGGAGGAUGUUAGGUGGAGUGUGCCGGAGGAGGCCAGGGAUGGGGUGGAGGUUGUUGUGGGGAAUUACGGGGUUGAGGGGAAGGUGUUCGCCGAGGCUGAAUUGAGCGGGAUGUCAGAUAGGGUGAUUAGAGUUACAACGUUGCUUUGA